AUGCUCAGUAAUAGCAAAUGCUAUUAUGAGGUGCUUGGGACCCCAAGGUCUUCCACCAUAGAAGAGAUACGAUCCUCAUAUAAGCGGAAAGCACUCCAACUACAUCCAGAUAAGAACAGCCAUAGAUUAGAGGAAGCUACCCAUGAAUUUGCACAUCUUCAACACUGCUAUAGCGUGCUCAGUGACCCACACGAACGAAAGUGGUAUGAUCAGCACAGGGAGCAAAUUCUUCACGCCUCUAAAACAAACACAGGAUAUGAAAGCCAAUUCCUUGACACUUCUGAUCUAAUGCCCUAUUUUUCACCUGGAAGCGCAUUCAAGGGAUUUUCGGAUCAAGCAAAUGGAUUUUUCACGGUUUACCGAGACCUAUUUCAGAAGAUGGAGUUUUUUGAGAAUCAGCUUUUAAAGAAGGCUCAAAAAUCAGCAGAUAGAAUCACUAUUACAUCAUUCGGAGACUCAAACACACCCUUUAUCCCAUCUGUCAAGCAAUUCUAUGACAAAUGGACUCAUUUCAAUUCUGUUAGAUCCUUUUCGGACCAAGCUUAUGCCUCAUAUAGCACCUACGAAAACCGGGGACACAGGCGUUAUGUUGAGAAGGAGGGAAAAAAAGAAACCGACCAAAAGAAAAAGGAAUACAUUACCACGAUCAGGUCUUUGGCUCUUUUUAUUAAAAAAAGAGAUCCCAGAUAUCAGCAUUGGCUAAAAGUAGAAUCGGAAAAAAAAUUGGCGUCAAAAUCGGCCAAAGCUCAAAAAGAAUCCAAGGCCCCAUCUGCACACAAGAAGCAAAACGAUGAAAUCCUUUGGAGAAAUACAGAAGAGAAAGACGCUUAUGAGGCAUAUUUUGCAAUGUAUGCCGAAGAAUAUCUUUCUGAAAAUGCAGAUUCAGAUUCUGGGGCGUCUUUAGCUGAAGAGGAAGAAAUACAUCAAUGUAUUGCCUGCAAUAAGAGCUUCAAGUCGGAAAGCCAAUGGAACAACCAUGAAAAGUCCAAGAAGCAUCAAAAGAAUGCGUUUCAGCUGAAAAAGAAAAUUUUAAAGGACGAAGAUAGGUGGAAAUCGUAUCUCAAACAAACAAGAUCCAAUGUGUGCGAAGAUGAAGAUGAAGAUGUAAAUUUAAGCGAAACCGAUGCUGAAGCGCUAGAUGACGAAUUAAACCUCUCUAGUGAUGAGAGCUCGAUCGAUUCGAAAAGUACCAUGGGCGAUGGCAAUAAUGGAUAUCUUUCGUUGGAAGAAUCAGAGAGCUCUUUCGAUUAUUGCUUCAGUUUAUCAGACGAUAAUAUGGCUAAAGCCGUUGAAAGCGCGGAAGAAGCUGCCUUGGAAGCCUUAGAUUCAUUGUGUAUUUCUUCAGAUGAAAAUGAAGUCUCGGUGUGGGGCAAAGGCCAGAAGCCCCCCAAAAUAAAGCCAAAAUCCACCUCUGCUCCUCAACCUUGCCAAAAGAAAACAAAAAAUGCCAAGAAAAAACGCGAUGCUGAAAAGUCGGCCGCGCACAUUUGUCACACCUGUAGAUCUUCAUUUCCUUCCAGAAAUUCUCUAUUCCAGCACUUGAAAAAAUCCGGCCAUCAAGCUUUUAAAUAA